UUUCUUUCGUCCCCUAGGUACGAAAUCCGGGUGUCUUGCUACGUACCUUGUGGUUCGAUUAUAGGUACUUAUAUUUGUGGACUUGUCGUAACCUCCCUCGGCAUAUAAUGCAACUGCCUGUACGGAGUACGGAUAAGACACUAGCUGCGUGUAGGGACUUUUGUAUAUCGGCGAGCACGGCAACGAUAGCCCCUUUUGAGGCAUCGCUGUCGUGAGUCACUGAAGUGCUCAUAUCGGCAGAUACACAUUUGCUUUAAAUACCAACUCAUAAGCUGGAGACAUCUCAUUUUCUGGACUGUCGAAGUAAGCCCGAGUUACACUACUUCUAGUCUGCUGUUCUUGUUUGAAACAUCACAAACACUUGCGCCUUGGAGAACACCACUUGAUCCGACGAACUUGCUAUCUACUUCAAGGAGCACCCACCAUGGCCAACACAAGAAAGUUAACAGCAACUUCGCCAACAUGCGAGGAGCCGGGAGCAAGAAUACUCGAGACACAAAGACUCAUCCUCCGUCGAUUCUAUCCGUCCGAUGCAGAAGUCAUGUCCCAAGCAGCUGACAACAAGUCCAUCUCCAAAAACCUGCGCGAUGGUUUCCCAUCCCCUUACACACUGGCCGAUGCAUUGUAUUUUAUCAACAACGUAGCCAACAAAUUUGAUGGUGCUGGUCAACACUGUGGCAUCUUUGUCAAGGCCAACACAACAGAGAACCCUUCGUCGGAACCGAUCUUUAUAGGCACUAUAGGCAUGAUGGCCAAGAACGACGUUUAUUUCCGCACGUGGGAGAUGGGCUACUGGUUGGCUGAGACAGCCUGGGGAAAAGGCUAUGCAACUGAAGCUGCCAAGGCGCUCAUACGAUGGUGCUUCGAAACAUGGCCCGAGUUAAACAGGAUCGAGGCGUGUGCCUAUGGGGGCAAUAAAGCAAGCCAGAAUGUACUGAGGAAGUCUGGACUCUUCGAAGAAGGCACCAGGAGAGGUGCUGUUUGCAAGAAUGGGGAACUGGUAGACGAGGUUCUGUUUGGUCUGUUGAGGAACGAACUACAUAUAGCUGAAUAGGAGUAAAGGAAGAUACAGACCUGACACUGAAAAGAUAACACUUACAAUACAGAUUCGUUUAUCAUAUCAAUCAGAACGCUAGUUCAACUUGACAUUAGGC